AUGCUGACUCAGGACGAAAUGUACCAUGAAGAAAAGUUGGCCCCAGUCGGGGCCGCCGGGUCUCCUGCAGCACGGAGAAAAGGGAAUGUAGGAGCCCCUGUCGGUGGUUCUGCAGGAGGUACAUUGGUUCCCCCACCUCCCACCCUGACCAAGCGCUACUUGAUUGCGGUGGGCUGUGCGGGAACCGCCAUGGCUGGCUACGAUACGGCAGUGGUAAGCGGAACGAUCGACUUCAUGGCGGAAUCGCUGAAAUUUUCAAAGCAGGAUGACACCUUUCAAAGGACAGCGGUGGUUGCCGCGACAACUAUCUGCGCCAUGCUGUCGGCCUUCGCCAUGCUCCUCAGCACGACCCUACAGAAUUGGGGUAUUUUUAAUCAGGGUUUGUCCAACAUUAAGCCCGCAAGAACCAGAACUGCCUUCCCUUCCGGCUUAGCUCUAGCUGUGCUCCUUUUCUUUGAAGAUUUUUUACUUUGACCUGUGUAUGCUUCUCUGCGCUUCUUUCGCUCGAGGCGGUCUAAUGACAGGCGUCCACCUGCCAGACCGAAAGUCAAAAUCUAAUGCGAUUUGGGUUUUGCAAAUGCACCAGGACCAGUGCCAUCAAUCCCCAAAACAUUUCUCUGCUAAAUUUAUAACAGUAUCUUCCACGACGUUGCAGGUCGCCGGCCAGUUCUCUGUCUGGGGAUGCUGUUGCACAUUAGCGGCACGAUUUUGUGCGUGAUCGCGGUCCAUUUCGAAGCGUUGAUCGUCGGCCGAGCGGUUGUCGGGGUGGGCGCGGGCCUGAUCUUCGUCGUUCUGCCGAUGCACCUGUCUGAGUGUGCGCCCGCAAGCUCUCGGGGCUCCACCAUCGCUAACCUGGAUCUGUUCAUAGUCGUGGGGCAAAUUCUCGCCGCCCUGGUAAACGCGGUGCUUCAAGAGGUUUUUCGCGAUAACCACGACCUCUCGUGGCGGUGCUCCUACGCUUUUAUCGUCGCGCCCGCGGUGGUUUGCCUGCUCCUGAUCUUCCUCGGUUUUAUUCCGGAGUCGCCCCGCAUGUUGGUGCUACAGGGCAACAUCGAAGAAGCGAAGCGGAGUCUCGUGAUGCUGUUUGGCGACGACAGAGAGCUGGCGGCAAUCCACACGGCGCAGGCCGAGGAGCGAGCGUACCUGCUGCACGGAGGGUCGCGGUCAGAAAGAAUCGCGGAGCAGAACGGAACGCCAGGGGGGUUAAGCAAACGGAGGCAACAGAGCAAUCACAAACGCGAAGGAGCGUCCAGGGAUCACGAGGCAGCUGCUCUUGCCGAAAAGGAUGAGGACAGCGAGGUGGCUCCACAUCCACAAGGGUCGGUGAUAUUGACGCCGAAAAAACCUCUCGGGGCACCACAAGUGGACAGCGGUCGGAGCGAGGUUGAGCUGGCGGCCAGCGGCCCGCGGGAACACCCGGUCUUGACACUGUACCGGUUCUGGACCCUGCCCGGUUACAAACGGCUUCGCACCGCGAUGAAGUCGGGUCUCGGUCUCACGGUGAUGAAUCAAUUGACGGGCAUCAACACGGUCAUGCUAUUCGGCGCGACCAUCGUUCAGGAGAUGGGCUUUAGCCUCCGCACGGCCAUCUGGGCCACCGUCGCACUCACGGUGACCCAGGCCGGCGGCGUUGUGCUGGCUGUGGUCGAAAUCGAUUCUGCCGGUGGGCGCCGCCAGAUAGCACUUCGAUCCUGCGCCCUGGUGUUUCUGUCUCUUAUGGUGCUAGGCAUAGCCACCUCGGUGGGAGAGCCCGAAGACUACCGAAUGCUCGCCAUCUCCUCGUUGCUGGUACCUUACUUUUUACGGACUCAUACACUACUUUUUAUUCACUUCGGCUACGUAGCGGGGUCGGGUUCUUCCCCUUCGACUAGCUACUCCUGAGCACACCGGCACUAGUUCUGAUCACCAUUUUUUGUUCCGCAGUCAUUGAUUUUGUACCAGUUGUUGUGUAGUCUUGAGCCCUCGCUCUACUUUGGCUCUGUCGCAUAGUUUGUUGAUGCAAGUACAAAUAAAAAAAACCAGCUAUACCUGUUUGCUUUUGGAUACGGGCUUUCGCCGUUGUGCUGGGUAUACAACGCCGAAGUGUAUCCCACGUCGGUGCGCGCCCUGUGCUCGGGCCAGGCGUUUUUGGUCAACAUUUUGUGCACCAGUCUGGUCACCACCCUGUUUCUGCCACUAGAGAAGGAGAUCGGGUUGGGGGGCGUGUUUGGUAUCUUCGGCGGGGUGGCGCUCGUUGGUGGGAUGCUGAUUUACCUCUACCUUUCGGAAACUGCCGGGAAAACCUUAGAGGAGCUCGAAAAGGAGGUUCUCAGGAGUGCCUCGACCUCCUAUCAAAUUGAAAAGUGCUCUGCCAGCAGAAAGGGACUGCGUUUGUACAUAUGCAGAUACAAACUAGGCAGUACCAAGUCUGGGGCUGAAGCGCUUGUUUGCAUGUUGAUAACUUCGCAGUGCAAUCAGGGACAGAGGAGGGAGGCAACAAGCAGGAGCCUCGCAGCAGCGCGGGGUACAGCAUGCAGGACGAACAGACCAUGCUGCUUGCUGGUGCGGGAAAGAGGUUGGAAUACAUGGAAGGCGCUCGUGGGAAAGACUUGGAAUAACCAUAAAAUUUUUCUCCCCUACUUGCUGGGAAUCACUACUACUUCUGAUGUACCCACUUCGCUGCUUUUGCACCAGUACUUCUUCGUUAUAAUACGUGAUCGCAAUGGUCAAGAAGCUACACUGCUUCAAAGAAGG